UGGAGCCCGCGGCUGGGGCGGCAACGCCGGAGAGGACGAAGGCGCGGCGGGGAGCGGAUCUUCCGAAGAUGGUUUGGCUUCCUUGGAGAUUUGGAGAUCUGAUGCCACGAUGAGGACUCACACCCGGGGGGCUCCCAGUGUGUUUUUCAUAUAUCUCUUUUGCUUUGUGUCAGCAUACAUCACCAAGGAGAACCCAGAAGUCAUGAUUCCCUUCACCAGUGCCAACUACGACAGCCACCCAAUGCUGUACUUCUCCAGGGCUGAGGUGGCGGAGCUACAGCUCCGUGCAGCUAGCACACAUGCGCACAUCGCCGCCGUCCUCACCGAGGCUGUGCACACCAUGCUCUCCAGCCCCUUGGAGUAUCUUCCUCCCUGGGAUCUCAAAGAGUACAGCGCCCGCUGGAACGAAAUCUAUGGAAACAACCUGGGUGCUUUGGCAAUAUUCUGUGUGCUGUAUCCUGAGAACAUUGAAGCCCGAGACAUGGCUAAAGACUACAUGGAGAGGAUGGCAGCGCAGCCUAGUUGGAAGCUGAAAGUCAGAAAUUGAGGAUUUACCUUUACAUCCAGUUCCUAGUUCCAGAGGUGAUAUUGACAUAAAAAGCAUAAAAAGUUGAGCUACC